GGGAGGAGUUUCUUGCCUCGAGGGAGUAGGUAAACACCUUCAGCAUCUUUUUCCAAGCCGCGCUUUGACGCGAGCCGCAGCCUCAUGGCGAGCCGCCGGGAAACGGGGAGCAGCCCGGCGUCCGGUGGAUGGAGUGCGCGGAACCUUCCUCUGCUAUGGGGGUUUUCAGUCAGCAUCCUGGAGGCUGCGCAAACUUUUUUGACAUCUUGAGUGCUUCAUCGACAGAAUCCAGCCGACCUCCAAGAGUGUUUCCAUCUAAUUCUUCUUUGACUGGACUGUAAAGAUGCCAAACUUGGAGAAACAUGCAGCUGAUGGCCGAAACAGCCAAGUGCUGCCAAAGGUCCCCGUGCCUCCGCUCAAGCAAACCCUCGACACGUACCUGAAGUGCGUUCAGCUCCUGGUGAAGGAGGAGCAGUUCAAGAAGACAAAAGCCAUUGUUGAGAAGUUUGGAGCUCCUGGAGGAGUUGGAGAGGUUCUGCAGAAGAAGCUUGUGGAGCAGAGGGAGAAAACUAUUAACUGGGUCUAUGACUACUGGCUGGAGGACAUGUACCUGAACAACAGGUUAGCUUUGCCCGUCAACUCCAGUCCUGCCAUGGUGUUUCCCAAGCAGCCAUUCAGAGACCGUAAAGAUGCACUCAGAUUUGCCGCUCGACUCAUCAGCGGAGUGCUGGAGUAUAAGGCCCUCAUAGAUAAGCGAGCUCUGCCAGUGGAUUUCGCCCGAGGCCAACUAGCUGGGACUCCUCUGUGCAUGGAGCAGUACUACCGCCUCUUCACCUCCUACCGCUACCCCGGCUUAAAGACAGACACACUGAGAGUGAACAUGAACGCCGCCUCCAAAGCGCCAGAGCACAUGAUUGUGGCGUGCAAGAACCAGUUUUUUGUGUUGGAUGUGGUUGCAAACAGCAAGCAGCUCAGUGAGAUGGAAAUCCUCGUCCAACUGGAAAAAAUCGUGAAAAUGUCUGAAAACUCCAAAGAUGGCUUCCCUCCUUUUGGCAUCCUGACGUCCGAUGGGAGGACGGAAUGGGCACGAGCUCGAGAAGCUCUGACAAAAGAUCAGGUCAACCGGGAGUCUUUGGGCCUGAUUGAGAACUGUUUGGGAGUUCUGUGUCUGGAUGAGCCCUGCAGCCUGCAGCCCAGCGACACCAACAGAGCUCUGAUGAUGCUGCAUGGGGGCGGUGGUGAAAAGAACGGUGCAAAUCGCUGGUAUGACAAGUCGAUGCAGUUUAUCGUAGGAAUGGAUGGGAUAUGUGGGGUGGUGUGUGAGCACUCUCCGUUUGAAGGAAUAGUGAUGGUGCAAUGCUCUGAACACCUGAUAAAAUACAUAAAAGGGAAUCCACCUGAGAUGGUUAAGUCCUCCAGCAUUCGAGAGCUUCCCCCACCAAAGAGACUGCAGUGGAAAAGUGACCAUCAAAUCCAAGCUCUUAUAGAAGCUGCUGGAAACCGACUUCAGAGGCUAGUGAACAAUCUCGACAUGGAUGUCUUCACUUUCAAAGCCUACGGAAAAGAAUAUAUCAAAAAGCAGAAAGUGAGUCCAGACGCUUUCAUUCAAGUGGCCAUGCAGCUUGCUUUCUUCAAGUGCCGAGGAAGGCUGGUGUCCACCUAUGAGAGCGCCUCCACCCGCCGUUUCCAAGAGGGUCGGGUGGACAACAUUCGCUCCGCCACUCCCGAGGCUCUGGCUUUCGUGAAGUCCAUGACAGAUGAAAGAGAUACGUUUCCCGAUUCAGAAAAAAUAAAGCGACUGAAGGAUGCAAUUAAUGCCCAGACGAAUUACACGAUCGCAGCUAUAUCAGGAAUGGGAAUAGACAAUCAUCUUCUUGGGCUACUGAGGAUUGCAAAGGAGCUCAACAUGGAAAAGCCAGAGAUCUUCUCUGAUGAGUCGUAUGUGACUAGUAACCACUUCAUCCUCUCUACCAGUCAGGUCCCCACCACAGAGGAAAUGUUCUGCUGCUAUGGCCCUGUGGUGCCCAACGGCUACGGCGCCUGCUAUAACCCCCAGUCAGACCACAUCAUCUUCUGCGUGUCCAGUUUCUGGGAGGACACCGAGACCAGCUCGGCCGUUUUCGUCACAGCUCUGAACGAGGGCCUGCUGGAAAUCAGGGAACUUUGCAAUAGGAGCAGUGCUGCAGUGACCAAACCGGCUGACAGCAGCCAGAGAGCCAGUCACCCUCCUAAGUCAGGGAAGUAAGCCACUGCUCUGCACUUUGGCGUUAGCUCUUCAAAUGCUUUCUGUGUUGUUUGUGCAAUAGUACGUCUUCACCAACAAACUGCAAAGCCUUAACACUAAUAUUUAUUUUUGUAAAUAUUAAAAUAUAGCCCUUAUUCAUCAUAUAAAGUAUAGUUUUGCUCUGUAGAGGUGAAUCUGGGUUCAGCAUUGACUGCGAUAGGUUAACUGGUCUGCUCCCUUUAGGAAACUGAAGCCAUGUCCUCUUUGAAGCACUGAUCUGAGGGUCAACUCCUCUAACAGAGAGUGAUUCAGCGGAGUGAUCUGAUCUAGAAUAGACGUGUAAACAUAUAUGAGAAAAAAGAAGUAGAUUAGUGGCUAUUAGCUAGCAAGGAAUAACCCGAACAACCUUAAUCUAAAUGCAGUUAAAUGUGCUAAAAUCUAUUUAAUCUGCCAAGUUUUUUGUUUAUUUUCCAAUAUUUUUUUCCAAAAAUAUGUGUUUGUUCUGUCUGGUUAGACACUUAAAUCAAUAACUAAAAAUAUAUAAAUAAAAUAUUGUAAGUACAGGAUAAAGUGUGAUAUUUUCAGUGGUACUUUUUGAGUCUUCUUGAAUGAAUUUGUAUUCCAGCAAUAGUUAUCAGUGUUAUAAACUCUACUGCUUUGGAGCUACAGUGCAGUGACAAAUAAAGUAACCAUCGUCGUUAUGUUUAUGACCCGUCUUUUAUUAAGGUAUAAUCAGGGUAGCAAUGCUACACUAUAGAGGUCUGCUUUAUCUUACAAAAGGAGAGUAAGGGUAAGAGUGCAAUUAUUUUUUUCCCACUGAUGCAUAAAGUUGUGCAAUAUGGAGAAUUAUCAGCUGCUAUUUUUGAUAUUCCCAUGUUUAGAUUGCCAGAAUACAAAAAUAAAAGCUUGUUUUGGCGGAAAGUGUUUAUUUAAAAAGAUGCUGUAUGUUCAUCAGUGAAUAUAAAUUAAUAUUUAUUAUGGACUGGCUUGUGCUGCAGUGAAUCAAAACAGUGAUAAAAGUGUAAUUUUGUUUUUUGUGUGUUCUGUGUCUGGGAGAAACCAACAGUUCCAAAGUAAAUGUGAAACUUUUAAGACCAUAAUAUAUAAAGAUUACAUUUUACAUUUGUGCAUGUUUAUUCUGAAGUGAAGCUGUAUUUUUUAUGAGUAGUUCUGUGAAAAAUAUUUCACUUGAAUUGAAAAAAAUAUAUAUAUGUAAAGGAAAACACGAUGCCUUAAUGUGAGUUGCUGUGAUUUCUGUCUACUGUAGUGAUCAUUCGUUGUAAUUGUACCUGUUGAUGUGAUGUAUGCAGUCUAACAUGAGAGAAAAGUGUCCCAAAAAAUGUCAUAUUUAGUGUGCUGCACUAUUUUAAGUUGCUUUUACUCAGAAAAACACACAGAUAGAAGAAAUAAAAUGAAUACUAUACUUGUAUUAAUGUUAUUAAAAGUUUUGAUUAUAAUUGUUUACAUCAGAAAAGUAUAUUUCAAUGAAGUACUUACCUCUUAAUAGUAAAUAUAUUAGAAAUGCUGUAUUUUGAGUUAUGAUGCAAGUUGUCCAAAAAUAAAAAGAAAAUACCUUUUC